AUGAAUCAAGAACUGCAUACAUCAACUUUUGAGCGGUUCCUUUCUGGUCGUGACUAUCGUUCCACCGAUCGAGACAGUCGAGAGAUUCGUCUCCCACUUCUCGAACCAGAGCACGCAGGUGCUGCUCCCUCUACGACACCAGUGUCAAAGUCUUCACGCUCGAACAAACCAUCUGCUGGAGAGAGGCGGUCCAGUGCCACCCCGAGAAUUGCCGAAAGACAGAGGCAGAGUCAAACGCAACCUCACCCUACCGGAGAUUCUAGAAAUCGAUCAUCAAGAAGUCCAGUCAACAUGUCCGGGACCAAUGUCAACAGGCGAAAUGCUCCUGCGCCGCCAUCACCGAUGUGGACACAAGCUUCUGCCGCUGGCGUCAAAAAGAUUCAACCCUCUGUCUAUCAAUGUGAGUACUGCCAAAUGAAGUUUGGGAGAAAACAUCACAAGGAACGCCAUGUUGAUAACCUCCAUCGUCGGGUAUGUAAUAUUCCAUCAACAUAUACUCAUCGCUGGGUUCCAGGCAAGGUAUACUAA